ACCAUUCCCCAGGAAGAGCCAUGGCCUGGCCACUAAGUGCUGCGACGUUUGUAUCUUGUGUGCAAGACCAGAUAAAGGUUGAAAAGGAGCUUUGCUAUCUUGACGCGUACGUUGUUCUCUUCUGUUCCGAUCCCCACUUCUUGGUCGUCGCGCAUGCACAAUCCCACUUACUUUCUCAGCUAGGUGCCGCGAAACAGAAUCACCGCUUCCUGCGUUAGAACGCGGACCUUGAUUUGCUCGCGUUCGCGAAUACCGACUGAACCCAUGGCAGCGUCUUUCAAGCUCGCGACUUCGUUAGCCACACCAGCCACAGGACUCCUUGAGACGACCGAAUUGGCGACGAAAGAGCAUCUGGGAGAGCGAUCGCUGCUGUCUUCGGCCGCAAAUCGCUUUCUUCGUUCAGCAUCGCGACGAUCGCGAAGCUCAUAUGAUCAGUGGGCCGAUUCUCCCUCGUCAGACUCGGAGUCUGGGUCCGCGUUGAGGAGGUCUCUUCCCGUCACGUCCGCUGCAUUUUCCGUCGGCAAACCCAAACAGCUUCGACCAUCCCCCUCUUCUGCCUCCAGCGCGAUCGCUCUCGACCAAAUCCGAAUCUCUAACGGAAACCGGUACACGAGCGAGAAGCCGAGCAUCCUCGUUAUAGGCCUGAGCGUGCACACGGCGCCGGUGGAGCUCCGGGAGAAGCUGGCGAUACCGGAGCACGAGUGGCCACGUGCCAUCCACGCGCUGUGCGCGUGCCCGCACAUUGAGGAGGCGGCUGUGCUGAGCACGUGCAACCGCAUGGAGAUCUACGUGGUCGCGCGGUCGUGGCACAUGGGAAUUCGCGAAGUGACCCAGUGGAUGUCCAAGUCCAGCGGAGUACCAGUCGACGAUCUACGACCCCACCUCUUCAUCCUGCGCCAACGGGACGCCACCCACCACCUGCUCCGCGUGGCCUCGGGCCUCGACUCGCUCGUCCUAGGCGAGGGGCAGAUCCUGGCGCAAGUCAGGCAAGUCUUCAAAGUCUCCCAGGGGGAAGUGGGGUUCGGGCGGAACCUCCAUGGGCUAUUCAAGCAGGCGAUUGAGGCCGGGAAGCGGGUUCGCACCGAGACGAGCAUUGCGUCCGGAGCCGUUUCAGUGAGCUCAGCUGCUGUUGAACUGACUGCCAUGAAGCUUCCGAGAAACGGGCUGAGGGACGCCCGGGUGAUGAUUGUCGGCGCGGGGAAGAUGUCCCGGCUCUUAGUUAAGCAUCUUCUUUCCAAGGGGUGUGAUAAGAUGGUGGUGGUGAACCGAACAGAGGCCAGAGUGGAGACGCUUAGAGAGGAAUUUCCAGCAGCACAGCUGGUUUAUCGGCCGUUUUCCGAAUUGGUGGAAGCAGCGGGGGAAGCGGAUGUGGUUUUCACAAGUACCGCCUCAGAGGAGCUCCUUUUCCAUCGAGAAAACGUGCAAGGGCUGCCGUUGGCGGGGGAGUUGACAGCUGGCGUGCGGCAUUUCGUGGACAUUUCUGUCCCGAGAAACGUGGGUGCGUGUGUGGGGAACGUGGGGCAUGCGCGGGUGUACAAUGUGGAUGAUUUGAAGGAAGUUGUGGCGGCUAAUAAGGAGGACAGGAAGCGGAAGGCGUUGGAAGCCCAAGUAAUUAUUGAAGAGGAAAUUCAGGCGUUUGAGGCGUGGAGAGACUCACUAGAAAGCGUACCGACGAUCAAGAAGCUAAGGGAGAAGAUAGAGUGUAUUCGGCAGGCGGAAAUGAACCGGGUUCUGGCGAAGCUGGGGCAGGAUGUUACGCCGAAACAGAGGAAGCUCUUAGAGGAGAUGAGCCGAGGCAUGAUGAACAAGAUCCUGCACGGGCCGAUGACGCACCUGAGAUGCGAUGGCGGGGAUGCGAGGACAGUUCAGGAGAUUCUGGAGAAUGUGAAUGCGAUCGGGCGGAUGUUUGACCUGGCUGCUGACGAGAUCAUGAUCCCGCAGCUGGCUGCAGCAGGCAGGCAGCAGUAAGUUGGCUAGGUUGAUUCUGCUGCUGGUUGGGUUGAUGUUGAUGCUGGCCUUCCUGCUGAGCAGAGGCAAGCAAACUGACCUCCCAGCUCCAGAUCAAAUGUUCAAGAGGAGGUUCUGGGGAAUGUGAAUGCGAUCGGGCAGAUGUUUAAUCUUGCCGCUGACGAGAUCAUGAUCCCGCAGCUGGCUGCAGCAGCCAGGUCUGACUCUAAGGCCAGGUGAUGUGCAAGAGAUACCAGGUGGAAUUUCAGGUGACAGCUGUAGUGGGCUGUGCUACUGGUUGCCAUUUCGGCUGGAACAGUGGCAGGUCAGCAAUGUGCAUUCAGGAACGUGGGACUGGAUGGAGAAGGAUCCUUUCCCGCACCCCAUAAAAGAUGGAUGAGAUGGAUGCGUGUUUUGUGAUUCUUUGUUUGUGCCCUGGUUUUGUGUAUCUAGUGGAAGCAGUUGUGUGGCUUUUUUUUUACUGUACUGG